CUCUCCAUCUCUCUCUCUCUCUCUAAACACAGAGGAGAGAGAGAUAAAGAGUAGAGCAUUCAUCGACCCAAUGCUUUUCUACUAGAUCGUAGGCUUCCAAAAAAGAUCCCUUCUCCUUCCUCAACGAAUUUCCCACUUCCCAACCAAAACCAAUCUUUUUUUCUUUGCUGAUCCAACCAAAACCAAUCUUAUCCCACCCAAAUUCCUCUUUUGAACUCUCAUCCUCCAAUACCCACUUCCCAAAAUCGAUUAUUUUCUCUGUUCCCGAUGCCAAAAUCUCCGGAAAACGAAGAUGGGUCUGCUCCAAACAGGUUCUAUCUAUGGCCGCCGCCACCGCCGCCGCAUUUAGCUCAAAUCAAGUUCAACCCAAUGAAGCGCACAAUCCGUCCUCUCUUCAGCAUUCUUCUUCUCAUAAUCUUCCUCUCUACUCUCCUCUCUCGAACUCUCUUUCGCACAAGCCUGAGCUCGUUAGAGCUCGAAAACACCAUUAUUCCAAUCCCAAGUCCGCAGCUUAGCCCAGUUGUGUUCAAUGAAACGUUGCUCAAUUUGGCAGCCAUUGAUUUGGGCGAAGAGAAAUCGAAGCAAGAGAUAUCGCAGUUGUUGGACGGAGACUUUGAUAGUUUAGGUAGAUACAGGGCUUUUACUACUUGGAGAAGAUUCAACCACAGAGAUAUCAGGGCAAGAACUUCUUCCAGUGGAGCUUCUUUGUUAAUUCGCUCGCCGAAUUUCUACCGGCAAUGGCUGGCUUUCAGAAGGGCUCUUCAUGAUUGGUCGAGAAACAAGAGGUACCAACCCGAAAUCAUGUCUGAAUUGAUAAGACUCGUUAAGAAUCCCAUCGAUAAGUAUAAUGGAACAAACGGUUCUGAUAAGAGAUAUUCUUCUUGUGCUGUUGUGGGGAAUAGUGGGAUUUUGUUGAACAAUGAUUAUGGAGAGGUAAUUGAUGGGCAUGAAGUUGUUAUAAGGCUUAACAAUGCGAGAAUCGAGAGUUAUGAGCGGAAAGUCGGGUCAAAAACGAGUAUUUCCUUUGUGAAUAGUAAUAUUUUGCAUCUUUGUGCUAGGAGGGAAGGUUGUUUUUGUCACCCUUAUGGAGAGAAUGUGCCUGUUGUUAUGUACAUUUGCCAGGCCUUGCAUUUCUUGGACUAUACGGUUUGUAACUCGUCACACAAGUCGCCGUUGAUCGUCACGGAUGCGAGGUUCGACACGCUGUGCGCGAGGAUCGUGAAGUACUAUUCGCUGAAACUGUUUGUGGAGAAGAAAGGGAAGGGGUUGGAGACUUGGGGGAAGGAACAUGAUGGUCCCUUUUUUCACUACUCUUCUGGUGUGCAAGCGGUGAUGUUGGCUUUGGGGAUUUGUGAUAGAGUUAGUGUUUUCGGGUUUGGGAAGUCAGAUUUGGCUAAGCAUCACUAUCAUACAAAUCAGAAGGGUGAGCUUCAUUUGCAUGAUUAUGAAGCUGAGUACGAGUUUUAUCAUGACUUGGUUGAGAGGCCUGAGGCGAUACCGUUUAUUCCACGCACUUUCAAGACUCCUCCUGUGGUUGUAUAUCAGUGACCCUUUUUUCUUACUUUAUUUUUAUUUUUUCUUUUCCUUUUUUGGUUGUGGAAUUAGCUGAUUUGUUAAGGUCUUACUCAUUUUCUAAUGUUACAAUCGGUCGAAAUUUCGUUUCCUUUUUCACAUUUUGACCCUGUACUGUCAAAGAUGGUUUUGGGGUGAUAGCAAUUGUAAAGUUGGAUUCUUGGGAAUCUGUCACCAUUCACUUAAAAGGGAUGUACUGUAUUUCUUCUGCUUUUAAUGUGUAACGUAACUUAUUCUGUUAUAUCA